UUGCGUCAAUGUCACAUUAUUUUAAUUAACAAUUCAAUUUCAAUUAUUUUGGUCAAAGUUAUUAUAACCUACUAAAAUGAGAGUAUUUAUGAAGCUAUUUCUUUUUAGACGACCGUAUACAGUUUGCUACAUAACAAAAGAUGUUUUCAUGUUACCGGAUGAACUGUUUUACAAGGAAAUUGGUCUAAAUAUCGGCGAUUGUUAUGAUGAUAUAGGAACACUAACAUUACGAAGAACAAAGAGGGUGAAAUUUACUAUCAAUGCUUUAUUCUUACAACCAUUUUUAAAAGAAUGUGUAAUUUUUGAUGCAUACAGAUAUAAUGUAAUAAAGAAUGUUUACCAGAAAAGUCAUAAUCAACUGAAUGAACCAAUAUUUUUAAAACUUAUUUUGGAACCGCCGGAUCAAGAAAUAAUUGAUUAUGAAUGGAACGACAGAAUGAACUAUUUGAUAUGGACUAGAGUUGAAAUAGAAAAUGCCUUUUCUUGGCUGUCAACGCUUGGAGGUGCCUAUUCAGCAUUGGGGGAUUAUUUUGAUCAUUGUGCAGAAGAAGCUGGAAGAAUAUCAUUAAGGCAAUACAAACUUUCAAGACUGUUGGGCGAUGAUGGACUUGCAGCACGAAGCAAAUUGUAUUCCUCAAUUGCAUAUGCUCAGAGAGGAAAGUUGAAACUUGCAAGAUAUAUAGUCAGAGAUAUAGCUGCAUUUGCGAGACAGACUCAUGAUAGAAGACUAAACCGUAUGUGCCAAGGUGUUUGGGCAAAGCUAAAAUAUUUGCGGACAUUAAAAUCAUCGAAGGUGAAAGAGGAAUGUAAUAAACCGGUUGUAAAUAUGGUUGGAAGAGGUGAUGAAAAAUUUGAAAUGACUAAAAUGGUGUGUGUAAAGUGAUUUUUGAUUGUUUUAUACUGUAUAGGUAAAAAAAUAUUUAAGUUAAUGUGCAAUAAAAAUAUUAAAAAA